GAGAAAGCUGCCUGCAACAUUGGAACAUUGCCAUUUGUCUAAUUUUGCUUCAACUUAAGAAAUCAACGAAUAUUAGGCAGGGGAACUCGUCUUACCCACAAUUUUUAUUACCAUUUCUCCUUUCCCUUUAUUUCUCUUCCAUUCAUUCUCAAACUUUCUCCUCUCUGAAAGUUCUAGUAACAGAAUCAUGCCCUCCUCUCCUCCUUUCGAAGAUCAUCAAUCCAAGAAAGAAUCGGCUGCCACUUCUUCCGACCCAAAUCACCAACCACCACCAACACCACCACCACAAUUCGAUGGCCAUCCGCCUCCUUCAGGAUAUCCAUCCGCAAUCUGGCAAACGCCCCAAAUGGGUUACCCAGCCGAACAAUAUCCGGUCAAUUACUACAACCAGCCCGCCUAUCCCAAUGCCCCCAACCAAUACGCCUACGCACAACCGCCACCGGCCUCGUAUUACAACCGGCAGAAUAACCGAGAGAGAACUGAGGAGGGCCUCGUCGCAUGCGUAUGCUUGUUUGCCUGUGUGUUUAUUUUUUUAACCGUUGUAACCGGCAUAGCGAGCAUAAUCACCUGGAGCAUUGUGCAGCCCCAAACCCCCUGUUUCCAUGUCGAGGCAAUGUCGGUAACAAAUUUCAAUACCUCCACACCGUUCACGGCCACCUGGGACGUAAACGUUGCCGUUCAAAACCCUAACAAGAAAUUGAAAGCCUUCUUCCAUCAGAUCCAGUGCAUGGUGUUUUAUGAUGGCACUGCCUUGGGUUCAACUUACGUGCCGCCAUUCUACAUGGAAACGAAAUCCAAAACGGGGAUGGGGGUCCGGAUAUCGGCCAAUGGGUCAGCGGAAGCGCCCUUACCCAUCUGGGUGACGCUCGCGAUGGAUAAGGAUCGAAGUUCCCAGGGAGCGGUGACAUUUACCUUGAGGUGUUUCAUGAGUUCGACGUUAAAAAAUGGAUGGUGGGCGGAAAACGAGGUCAUGAAAGUUAAUUGCGGGGAUUUGAGGAUGGAUAUUUCAGCUGGUUCAGAGAGCGGAAAAUUGGCACCGGGAGAACUCGAUUACUGCCUAGUUUAUUAGUAAAAAAUCUGAUGAGAUUUUUGGAUUUUUGGCUUUUGUUAUUGUUAGAUUAGGUAUUAGAUGUUUUGAAGAAAUUCUGCAGUAGUAU